AUGCUGAUGAUUAGUAGUGGUGAGCCGUUGUUUAUGUUUCGUCCUUUUUCUUAUUGUCUUGACACGUAUCAGUCGGCGGUUAGCAAGGUUCAGCGGCAAGCCGCGGAGGAGUAUAUAAGAGGAGGCGUCUUUCCAAAUGUUUCAUUUUUCCUCCCCACAACACAGCAUGGACGAAGACUGGAUUAUCUUAUCAAAUUUCGUAACCCUCAAUUAUGGGGGAAAUUACAAGAUGUUAUUCAACCACCAAUACAGUUACCAGUUGGUGGUAACAUCGAUGGUAUAGUUCCCCAAGAAUUAUCGCAUUUGAAACUUAACAGAUCUUUGCUCAUGCAUUUGGAGUCGGUUUAUCAAUAUCAAAAUGACAAAUCCCUGAAAGGUAAUAUCGAUAUUCAAAAAUCCUUUGGCGAUGAUGUUUCUGAUAGUGAUGUCUUACGAUGGUUUUGGCCAAAUUAUAAAUUGUUGGCAAUCAUUUUAUCAUUAAAGAAGGACCCCGGUGAUAUUUUACGUCUUUUCCAAUGUUUCCAAAUGUUUCUCAUCUCAUUUAGUUGCUUUCAUUGCAAACAGUCCAACUUUCUUACAGAUGUCAUGAUUAUAAAAUUUGUGAAAAGUGAGCUUGUUACCAUUAGAGAGAGGCCCCCUAAGUCAACCGCUAAAUUUGUCCCCUUGGGGUCUACUUUCCAUGAAAGCUUCCAACUGAAUCGUAUGUGUACAUUACAUUUUGACACAGUGCGUCAGGUAUUGGAAUUGCAAUCUAAAAUAGAACAGAGUUCACUCGUUUGUGUGGCUUUUGGUAAAAUUUGUUUGGUUUUGGAGAGCUUAGUUCAUGUUCUCUUGGCACACCGUGAUUCAAGUAAAGCUAGUCAUUCCACGGCAUCAACCGCCAAUUCCGCAUUCAGAAACCGAUAUUUGAAUCGAUCUCGAAACAUGUCUCACAAAUAUACUAAUGAAUUGUUUGCCGCUCUGAAAAAGGGAGUAGGCUCGAAUCAGGAAAAGACCCACUCAUUGAGAUUAAUUGUGAUGGAACUUUUAACGUUGAUCGAUAAAGUCCAUUGGCCUCAUCAUCACCCUAAACCAACUGAGGCUCAAACAGACCGAUUAAAUGUACAAUCUACCAUUCUGGUUACUGGCGAUUUGGAUCUAAUAGCUAAAUUCAGAUUGUGUCAUUGGCCCGAUUGGUCAGUCCAUCUUGAACACAAAUGA